AUGACUGCGAACCUUUCUCCUGGUGAUCUUGCCUUUGUCGGACCCAACCACAUAAGCCAACUCGCAGAGUUUCAAUAUGUAGAGGUUGUCACGAUUGCCGACGGAACCGUAACGGUCAAGGUGGUUGGUCCUGAUGCAGAGGAAAAUGGGGAUGGUAACACACUGUCUGUCCCAGUGGAGACGCUUCAAAAUCGAGUGGUGCCAGCCCAUGAGCGGGAUCUGUGGCCGGGCUCACUGUUAGCCCAUCCGGUUGCAUUUCCCCGCACGUCAACGGACGGAGUUGACGUAUGGGCAUACGGAGUCGUGUCUGGAUAUGACACCUCCGAACAGUCAGCAACGCUACAUGUUAUAUGUCCUAACGACUCGGUUCGGCUCCGUCUCACCACAGCAACAACGAUAAUCAAGGUGGACGUGCUCAAUUACGCUCUCCAAACUGGUGCGGGUGUCAACACUACGGCGGUUAACCCAACGGAGCUACUGGAUAAACAAAAUAAGAUUAUUGCAGCGUGUCAGCGUCGGCGGUCCGGGCUUCCAAAAGAAAUCGUUGAUUCAGCAACUGUCCCUUUCAAGGGUGGCGAUUUACUACCACUCAUUCGCCCGUCCACACUUGAACUAGUCCGGGUUACUCGUCAGCACAUCGUGGAUUACAAAACGGCAGCGCGUACGAAGCGACCAGAAAACUUAUACGUGACCCACGAAACGGCGUCACCUACAGUAGCCAAACGGUCGCGAGCGGCCGAUCGCCAGUCAAGCCAAAGCUCACGACCAGCCGGCUUAGGCGCUGGUGAAUCGGUGCGCAGGAUGGACGAAAGUGCGGGUGAGAGUGAGGAAAUGGCGUUGUCAAGCUCGUCGGAGGACGAGAACAUCCGAGACGUCCAACACAUGCACCGACCACUGAGUAAACGGCGCCGUAUUGACCGCGAAGACAUUGGCUCAGAUCACAGCAGCAGUUCAGAUCAAGACGAGAGCAGCUACGCCUGGGACAAGAAUAGCAAGGGCGUGGUAUUCCACCCUUCUCCAUCGGAUCGCAGAGCCCACAGCGCUAUCGUGCGGCUUCGACAUGCAGGUAAGGAACCUCAGAUGCUUCUCCAGUCUGCCCAGCAGUCGGAGCAUGUUGAUUUUAUUGCCACCCCUCCCGUACUUCGUGGUGCGUAUUGCUUUGGAUUCGGUGUGGGACUAUCGAUCAUGCAUUUUAGGCGUGCACUCACCGCAGAUGAGGUGGCAACGACCGAAAGAGGGAUGAAUAUGUGGGAUUUCUCUGCCAGAAAUGCCUUGGCAGCACCGCCGCGAGCAACUAAAAUAGCGGAUCUUACCAGCGCGUUGUCUUCCUUUUACAAGUUCGCCAAGUACUUUUACAACAAGGCCACGCGGAAAUUUAUCGGGACUGCUCGCGAUUUCAUCAUCUCCUACGCGGAUAGUGCCCCAAUUGAUCCAGCUAUGGCUCGUCUUCUCGCCCACUGGAUCAAUACGAAAUUCAGUAAGUUCCGCAGUCGUCUGGUCACGAAAGGCAUCCGUUCAGCACUUCGUGUUCGGAAAGAAUUCAGCCGCAACGACGAGCAGUUAAGCGCCCUGAAAGAGGCGUAUCCGUCUUGGAAGAUCACGACGGCAGCUAAUAACUCACACCGUAGUGGUGUUGGCAAGAAGGCCGAUUCCCGUCAGCACAACAAGGAGAGAAUACCGUUUCCUGUCAUUGAAUCACUUCCAAAGGGUGACGACGGACACCGACUGUGUUUGCGGUAUGUGUCGAAAGCCGGCUGCAACGUUACAGACUGUGCUCGUGCUCACUUCAAACCAGCAUCCUUAACGGAAGAAACCAAGACGGUCAUUGCACAACGUUGGAAAGGUUUGUCGGAAGAGUGCAAAGACUUAUGA